AUGUCUCUGUUCCUGAGAGUAUUUGGACGAUUGAAGAAGCCCAAGAGUAAAGUCUCAAACGAGGCGCCAAUCACUGCAGUACCAAGCCUUGUCCAGGCGGCAACCAGUGUCGCAUCAUCAAUUGCCAUGAAACGAGAUCCAAACUUUGAUGGCCAUAGAACCGAUACGAUGGAACUGCCAAAAAUGGAAUCUGCCACCAACGAGGAAAUUCAACAGAGCUCUCACCAACUGACCAGUGGAUCAAAGACGGAUAAAUGGCUCGCUAGAGCAGCCCUAGUGCUUGAUUUGACCAAGAGUGCCGCUGAUGCGGGUGGUCUUGCGCCAUUAAAGGGGGCAUGUGAAGGCAUGGUUACUCUCCUGGGAUCUAUUCAGGCGGUCAAGGAUAAUCAGUCUUCUUGGUCCGAGCUCCUGCGGACUGUUCAAGAGCAUACGACGGCACUCCAACGGCAACUGGACCAGCUGGGUAUCAAAGAUAUACUCGAAGAGUGCGGAAACUCCAUAAGCGACCCAGUCAGGGAUUACACAACCACACUCAAGGAGUUGAUCGCCGAUAUAUGCGCCGAUUCAGGCCUCAACGAAUCCGAGUUCGACACUGGUCUCACUUUGAAGAUACUGGCUCAAAGAAUAGGCGUCACAAAACUAGAGGCGGACACCAUUACUACGUACCAGCGACGAUUGACGGAUGCCAAAAGCGGGUUAAUGCAUGCCUUAAUGCUCUACGUCACCAUCUCUGUGAAAGCCACGGCAGAGAGGGACAUCUUGAAAGACCUCUGGUCCAAACCGCGCCAACGCCCACAGGAGUGCCAACCCGGAACGCGUGCGGAGAUAUUGGCCGAGUGUGAAGCUUGGUCAAAGGACUCUAAUGCGCCGAAUAUCCUUUGGAUUAAAGCGGCUCCAGGUGCCGGCAAGUCGGCCAUCGCAUCUACGCUGGUGGAUACGCUCGGUAUCAAGAAGAGGCGUCUAGGAUCGAGCUUCUUCUUUCGUCGCCAAGAGACGGCUACUGUCACUACCAGCGCGAUUUGGCAGGGUAUCGCGUAUGAUCUUGCACGACACCCUACCAUUCGCCGACAUCUUGCAGAUAAGAUGAGCAAGGAGGAAAUCGACUUGACGACGCCGAACAUCGAGCAUGUCUUUCAUCAGUUGAUUGGAGAGCCACUAUCCAAGAUUGGCAACGUUUCCGGGGAACAAUCACCCAUAGUCAUCAUCGAUGCGUUGGAUGAAUGUGGUGGUCUCGAGAGCGUCCGGUCGAUGGAGUUUCAUAAACUCAUGCGCACGCUGACGGCAUGGUCAUCUCUCCCCUCCAGCUGCAAGUUGAUUGUGACAAGUCGCGAAGAAGCAGAGAUAGCAAGGAUCUUUACUGGCCCCAUAUCGUCACAUACGAUUGAUUUACUCGUCGGAGAGGGGACUGUGAGUCAGUCGACUAAAGAUAUUCAAGCUUUCUUGAGCGAGGAGCUUGGGGAAACCGCCAGAAGGUACUCUUAUUUACCCAGAGGAUGGCCUGGAGCAGCCGUCGUCGAAACAUUGGCAAUCAAAUCCAAUGGACUCUUCCUGUGGGCGUCAACGGUGGUGGAAUAUGUUCGCCGUGGUAAUCCAAAGAAGCUCUUGGAGGAGAUAAUGCGCACCGAAAGCGUUAUGGGCAUGAACGCUCUCUACACCAAAGUAGUCGAUACAGCCUUGCCCAACGCGGGAGACGAAACUAUUCAAGAAUUACGGAUGAUCCUUGGCGCAAUCAUCGUCGCUGGGGAGACUCUGGACAUCCGAACGAUAGCGGAACUCCUCGAAAUCGAUCUUUCUACGGUCGA